AUGGUCUUUGCCCAUUUCACUGAAUCUUGCAGAAAAAAGAAAAAGGAGAAGGAAGAAAAAGAAGCAAAAGAAAAGGAACAGGAAAGAGAAAAAGAGAAAGAAAAGGAGAAAGAGAAAGAAAAGGAGAAAGAGAGAGAAAAGGAGAAAGAAAAGGAAAAAGCAAAGGAAAAGGACAAAGACAAGCUCAAGGAAAUAUUCGUCAUCAAUCCUGCAGGGAAUUUGUAUUACAACUGGCUUUUCAUCAUUGCAAUGCCAGUCAUGUAUAAUUGGACGAUGAUUAUAGCCAGGGCAUGCUUUGAGGAGCUGCAACAGGACUACAUUCUCUACUGGGUUUUGUUGGACUGCAGCUCUGAUCUAAUUUACCUGGCGGAUAUGUUCGUCAGAACCAGAACAGGGUAUCUUGAGCAAGGCCUGAUGGUGAAAGAUAAGAAGUUGCUUCGAGAUAACUACGUUAAGAGCUUCCAGUUUCGUCUUGAUGUUCUCUCCAUGCUGCCAACAGACUUACUUUAUUUUGUCUUUGGCCUUCACUACCCCGAGAUCCGUAUCAACAAGCUGCUGAGAAUUGGCCGAAUGAUGGAGUUCUUCACAAGGACGGAGACUAAAACCAAUUAUCCAAACAUCUUCCGCAUUGCAAACCUAAUCAUGUACAUUCUCAUUAUCAUCCACUGGAAUGCAUGCUUCUACUUUUCAUUCUCCAAGUCGAUUGGUUUUGGUGCUGAUGACUGGGUCUACCCAGCUCUCGAUGAUCCAGAGGAGCCUGAGUUUGGGCAGCCUAUGAGAAAAUAUGCAUUCAGCCUUUAUUGGUCCACACUGACUCUGACCACCAUUGGUGAAACUCCACCACCUGCUCUUGACUCAGAGUUUCUCUUUCAUGUGGUCGACUUCUUAGUUGGAGUCUUGAUCUUUGCUACCAUUGUGGGAAACAUUGCCACCAUGAUUUCCAAUAUGAAUGCUGCACAGGCCCAGUUCCAGGCCCGUAUCGACAACAUCAAACAAUACAUGCAGGUUCGAAAAGUCAGCAAAGAACUUGAGCUUAGAGUUAUUAAGUGGUUUGACUACCUGUGGAAUAACGGCAAGGCACAGGAUGAGAGGGAGGUGCUGAGAUAUCUUCCUGACAAGCUACGAGCGGAAAUAGCCAUCCAAGUUCACAUGGACACCUUGAAGAAAGUUCGGAUUUUUGCGGACUGUGAGGCAGGCCUCCUGAUCCAACUCGUGCUCAAACUUUGUCCGCAGGUCUUUAGUCCUGGAGACUACAUUUGCAAAAAGGGUGACAUUGGUCGUGAGAUGUAUAUCAUAAAAGAUGGAAAACUAGCAGUUGUUGCCGAUGAUGGAGUUACACAAUUUGUAGUGCUGGGAAGUGGUAGCUAUUUUGGUGAAAUUAGUAUCCUUAAUAUUAAAGGCAGUAAAGCAGGCAACAGGCGGACUGCUAACAUUAGAAGCAUUGGCUACUCUGACCUCUUUUGUCUUUCCAAAGAUGACCUGAUGGAGUCACUGAUCGAAUAUCCAGAUGCCAAAGCCAUGCUAGAGGAGAAAGGCCGGCAGAUCCUGAUGAAAGAUGGUCUCAUAGACUUGGACCCCGCCAACAUUAAGCCUGAAGUUAAGGAGCUGGAGGAGAAAGUCACCAAACUGUACAGCACAAUGGAGCUGAUGCAGGUGAAGCUUAAGAAGAUUUUGGGAAAUUACAAAAAUACUGGCAAAGCCCUGAGACAGCGGAUUACAGAUCUGGAGCGCCUGAGUGGAGAGGAGGUGGAAGAAGAAGAGGAAGAGGAAGAUGAAGGGAAAAAAGAGGCUGAAGAGAAAGAAGCAGAAAAAGAACCUGAUGAAAAGGUUGUGGAGGAAAAAGAAGAAAAAGCAGAAGAGGAGAAAGGAGUUGAUGAAAAAGACGUGGUGGAAACAGAAGAAAAAACAGAAGAGAAAAGAGCUGGUGAAAAAGUUAUGGAAGAAGCAGAAGAAAGAACAGACGAAGACAAAAGUGAGGUAACAAAAACAGAAUAGGAUAACGGUGGAGAAGGAGAAGCAAAAGCUGAUGAAGUAAAAGAUGGAGAAGCAAAAGACGAUAAGACAGAAGAGUAAAAGAUAAAACAAACAUUUGGUGUCUGAAAGACUAUUUUUGAAAGGAUUGCUGUCAUUCAUCCUGUCAGGCUUUCUGGCCAACUCAGAAGGGAUAAAGGAAAGACGAUUGCUAAAUUAUCAACUCAGAUAUGUCCAUAAAACUAGUUAUUGUCCAGUAUUAUAUUUUGUCCAACUAUU